ACGCGGGCACGUGCUCCUUGGAACUCUAUGUAAUUUCCUUCGCCUCUGACCUUCUGUUCUGCUUAGCGAGGAUGGUCACCACAUACCAGCACUGGUGCUGAUCUCCAAAGUUGAUAACCAGGUGCAUUUCUACCGUUUGCAACCCAUUUUAACACAGUGCUGUUUCUCUAUUGCCCCUACUGAUGACGACAGACGACAGAACAGUCCACAAAUCCAGUUAGCUUUGAAUUGUUUGCCCUGUCAUGACACCGCUCUGUGAUGUCUUGGACCUCUUGGUUAUCUUGGCCAUGUACAACGCGCUGUAAAACGACAGGUCACUGGAAAGUCAUAGGACCUCAUAAGACCGGAUCUCUCUUUCUGAAGCGGUCUCUACACAUGGAGCGUGGAGAUAGACGAUGAAUUGAAAAGGGCCGGGAAAGGGAUAUAAAAAGUUCCCCAAAUCCUCAUCCACGUCCCAUUCAUUGCCCAAGCGUCGAUCCUUCACUUCUACUCCAUGUCGUCGAUAUAUGAACCAGCCGAGCCCAUAGCUAAGGGCAUCGUGCCAACCGCGAUACAAGCCUUCGGUGACCUAUUCAAGCUCAAACGCCGUGUCGAGGUUGUCGAUGAAAACGGCGAAGUCCGAACUGAAUGGCAGGCCCUGGAUCCCAUCCGGAACCCCUUCAGUCUUUGUGCGCUUCUCAGCUUCAAGGACUGGAUCUUCUUCCUGGCCGGGCUUUCUGCAUGGACAGCCGACGCCUUCGACUUUCACUCGUUGUCUAUACAGACAGUCAAGUUUGCCAAAUACUUCAGGACCUCUAACACCAACAUCUCAACUGCCAUUACCCUCACACUCCUCCUUCGUUCAGUCGGUGCUGCCUUUUUCGGUUUGGCCGGGGACAGAUAUGGGCGAAAAUGGCCCAUGGUGUUCAACAUGAUCGUCCUUGGCGUCUUGCAGAUCGCCACCAUCUAUUGUGCUACUUUUCAGCAGUUCCUGGCCGUUCGCAGUCUGUUCGGACUAUUUAUGGGAGGCGUUUACGGAAAUGCAAUUGCGAUGGCGCUAGAAAACUGCCCAGGACCUGCGAGAGGCUUGAUUAGUGGUAUUCUUCAGCAAGGAUACUCGCUAGGAUACGUUCUUGCAGCAUGUGCCAAUUUGGGAGUUGGGGGAAGUACAGACAGUUGGAUGACUGUCUUUUGGGCCGGAGCCGGCCUUAGUUUCGGAGUUGGCCUCCUUCGUUGUUGCUUCCCUGAGUCUCAGCAAUUCAUCAAUGCUAAAAAAACGGGCAAGAAAGCCAGGGCCCCUGGCGUUUUCUGGACAGAAACGAGGGAUAUGAUUGCAAAGGAGUGGAAGCUUUGUAUCUAUGCUAUCAUUCUCAUGACGUGGUUCAACUACUACUCGCAUACUUCGCAAGAUUCAUACACCACCUUCAUGCUGACACAGAAGGAACUGGCGAACAGUGGUGCGAGCCGCGCAAGUAUACUGAUGAAAGUAGGCGCCUGUGUGGGCGGCACUAUCAUCGGUUACCUCUCACAGUUCUUUGGACGCCGACGUGCGAUCGUCGUGGCUGCACUACUCAGUGGCUGUUUAAUUCCGGCCUGGAUUCUCCCCGAGGGUGAAAGAUCGCUUUCUGCCUCUGGUUUCUUCAUGCAAUUCUUUGUUCAAGGCGCGUGGGGCGUCAUUCCCAUCCAUCUGAACGAACUUUCUCCCGCUGCUUACCGUUCAACUUUCCCUGGUCUCACCUACCAGCUUGGUAACAUGAUUUCCUCGCCAUCCACUCAAAUUGUAAACGCUAUUGCUGAGAAGACUUUCGUCACAUCGAAGUCCGGAAAGCGAGUGGAUGGUUAUGGACCCGUGAUGGGCGUUGCGACUGCCAUCAUAGCUAUCGGGAUUGCAGUCACCACCGCUUUUGGACCAGAAAGGUGUGGAAGGAAGUUUGAAGAGGAGACUCUGGCUAGAGUGGUGGAAGAACCUAAGGAAUUUGAAGAAGGUAUGGAAAGGCGUUCAGACUCGGUGAACGAAAAGGCGUAAACCUUUCGAAAAGUGUGAAAUCUUACGCCGAGAAUAGAGUCAGAACGGCCGUCGUAUCUAUGUUCCACAAUGUAUUUGAGGAUCUCCUUUGUCAUAAUGAAUGUGUCAAAUGCGUUGAUGAUCGGA